ACAGCAGCAAAAAAUAUUCCGAAGAAAAUUGAGAGGGGACCCCUUACUCAAGUGGUUAUUGAUACCGUAGAGGAGUGCUCUGUGGCGCCGCACUUACCCUUCGCACACGGCUGCAGGUUCAACAUGCCGCUCCCCAGACAAUGAUCUCUAUCAGGGUAACAGUAGCAGUAGUUCUCGGGGUUGUCUGCCGGUGCUGCUAACAUGGACUCCGGCGCGAUGAAACGGUUGUUACUCUGUGGUGCCACUGGAAUGGAGUCUAGGCCUCUGAAGCGACAUGAUAUUAUGAACAACCCGCUGAUGCGACACCCAAACUAUCAGGCCCUGAACCAGCCGUCUCAGUCAACAGCAUCAGCGAACGGGGUUCAGCAAAAAAACAGUGGGAAAGACAACUCCAUUGUCAGUUCAGCGGGUGAGAGCAGCAUGGAUCCAACACAGCCAGGACACCAGAUGACGGUGGCCUUUAACGGUAGUGGUGAUGGUUACGUGUCUUUUGCCGGUGGCUCUGCUGCCAACAACAGCACAUUCCAUUUGGACUCAGAUGAGCAGGAGUUCACGGGUAUCGGCCAGUACGAUGACUUCCACACCAUCGACUGGCAGCGCGACGUCGCCAGAGAUCGAAUGCGCCACCGUUACAUCAUUAAAAAGAAAGAGGACAGCUACUGGGACUGGGUCAAGAGCGGCCACGAUGCGUGGUCCGGGUGGCUGUGUGUGUUCAUGGUGGGCGUUAUUGCAGGUGCUGCCGCCGGUAUGAUUGACAUAGGAACCAGUUGGAUGUCCGACCUAAGAUUUGGGAUCUGUCCGGAGGCAUUCUGGUUUAAUCAGGAGCAGUGUUGUUGGUCCUCAAACGAAACUUUCUACGAUGGCGAUAACUGUUCCAACUGGUACUCGUGGCCCGAGGUGUUCAACCAUGUUCCAGAUGGUGCGGGAGCUUACAUAAUUUCCUACCUCUUCUACGUUCUGUGGUCGCUGCUUUUCGCCUCCCUGGCCGCAUCGCUAGUCAUGAUGUUUGCUCCAUAUGCCUGUGGCUCAGGUAUUCCAGAGAUUAAAACUAUUCUGAGUGGGUUCAUCAUCCGUGGGUACCUGGGCAAGUGGACGUUACUCAUCAAAUCACUUGGCAUGAUCCUUGCUGUGUCUGCUGGUCUCUCUUUGGGGAAGGAAGGCCCCCUGGUGCAUGUGGCCUGUUGUAUUGGAAAUAUUCUUUCAUACCUGUUCCCAAAAUAUGGGAAGAACGAGGCCAAAAAACGUGAGAUCCUCUCUGCCGCAGCAGCAGUUGGUGUGUCUGUUGCCUUUGGGGCCCCCAUUGGUGGAGUGUUGUUCAGCUUAGAGGAGGCGUCCUACUACUUCCCCCUCAAGACAUUGUGGCGGUCAUUCUUUGCUGCCUUAAUGGCAGCCUUUGUCCUGCGCUCCAUCAACCCCUUCGGGAAUGAACAUCUAGUCUUGUUCUACGUGGAGUACAACAAACCAUGGAUAUUUAUUGAACUGGUGCCAUUCAUUGUUCUUGGUGUCAUUGGGGGCAUCAUAGGAACUCUCUUCAUCAAAUUCAACAUCAAGUGGUGUCGGUUCCGCAAGAUGUCUCUGGUGGGCCAGUAUCCGCGACUCGAGGUGCUUAUUGUCACGCUCAUCACCGCAUUCAUAGCCUACCCCAACCCUUAUACUCGUAUGAAUACCUCCAAUCUCAUUUACCUCCUCUUCUCUCAGUGUGGGGUGGCCAACAACGACAGCCUGUGCUCUCCAUGGUGGACCAUCUCUGAACAGAUCAGGUUAAGCAAGUUCCUUCGUGAAUCGCACUGCUCCUAUGGGACCAGUGACUACCAGCGGAACUUCACAAGUGCCAACACAGCCAUUGAGAUCGCUGCAGCGGGUCCAGGAGUCCUUCAGGCAGUGUGGCUUCUUGCCCUCGCUCUUGUAUUUAAGUGUGUGGUUACGGUGUUCACUUUAGGCAUCAAGGUCCCUUGCGGUCUCUUCAUUCCUUCCCUGGCCAUGGGUGCCAUCAUCAGGCGGCUGGUGGGCGUCGGCUUGGAGCAGCUAGCAUAUCACAAUCAAGACUGGGUGGUGUUUGCCAUGGUUGGGGCGGCAGCUGUACUUGGUGGGGUCACGCGCAUGACUGUGUCAUUUGUAGUGAUCAUGUUUGAGCUGACAGGAGGUGUACGUUACAUUGUGCCUCUCAUGGCUGCAGUGAUGGCCAGCAAGUGGAUUGGGGACGCAUUUGGUCGUGAGGGUAUUUAUGAUGCCCACAUUAUCCUCAACGGUUAUCAAUUCUUAGACUCCAAGAAAGAGUUCAGUCACACCACUCUUGCACAUGAUGUGAUGAAGCCAGGGAAACAUGAGUCUUUCUUCGUGAUAACCCAAGACAGUAUGACCCUGGAUGAUGUGGAGCAGCUUCUUCGAGAGAUGGACCACAAUGGAUUCCCCGUGGUGGUGAGCUGGCAGUCUCAGUACCUGGUGGGUUUUGUUGCCAGAAGGGACCUAAAUAUUGCCAUCAGUAAGUCACCAGUGUCUGAGUGUCCAUAA